GGAAACGCGAAUAAAUGUGAAGGAAAUGCAUGAAGCCUGCUUUCUGCUUGCUUGUUGUGCAUGCACAGCUUGGCUCACAGGGCAUUUAGAGCUCGCGUGAGGCAGCGGAGAGGGUGUAUAGUGUAGUCAUAGUGUGGUGUAGUGUGUAGUGUAAUCAGUCCGAGCUCGCGCCUCCAUUUGCGCACCUCCAUCAUGGCGAGCGGUUCAGCGAGCGCGCGAGCUCCUCAGGUCCAAGACGAAAAUCCCUCAUGUAAUGAUGUGGCUAGCUUUAAGGCUGCAGACAUAGUGGUCCAGUUGUGUGAGAACCGCAAACCUAAACCUGAGUCAGAGAACCUGCCCUUCGGCACCGUGUUCACAGACCACAUGCUGCUGAUCGAGUGGAGCAGAGAAGGGGGCUGGGAAAAACCUCGGAUUCAGCCAUUUGGAAACCUGAGCCUUCAUCCCGCCUGCGCCGCCCUGCAUUACGGCGUGCAGCUGUUCGAGGGCAUGAAGGCGUACCGGGGCCAGGAUGACCGAGUUCGUCUCUUCAGGCCCAUGCUGAACAUGAAGCGCAUGUUAAAGUCUGCACACAGAGCCUGUCUACCCAGUUUCGAUGCCGCUGAGUUGCUGGAGUGUAUCAGGAAACUGGUGGAAGUGGAUCAGGACUGGGUUCCUCACUCGGAAUCAGCGAGUCUCUAUAUCCGCCCGGCGUUCCUGGGCACAGAGUCUAAAUUAGGUGUGAUGGUUUCCUCCCAUGCCUUACUGUUUGUGGUCCUCAGUCCUGUUGGCUUCUACUUCAGCACAGGAAACAAUUCUGUGUCUCUGUGGGCCGACUCCAAAUAUAUCAGGGCCUGGAAAGGAGGGACGGGAGACUGCAAAAUGGGAGGGAACUAUGGUGCUUCUAUCGUGGCUCAGUGUGAGGCCAUGAAAUUCGGCUGUCAGCAGGUGCUGUGGCUGUACGGAGACGAUCACCAGAUCACCGAGGUCGGCACAAUGAACCUCUUUCUCUACUGGAUCAACGAGGAAGGAGAGGAAGAGCUCGCGACACCUCCUCUGGACGGGAUCAUUUUGCCCGGCAUCACACGCCAAAGCAUCCUGGAGCUGGCACGCAAAUGGGGCGAGUUUAAAGUGUCGGAGCGUUACCUGACCAUGGCGGAGCUGCGGCUGGCUGUGGAGCAGAAGCGUGUGAGGGAGAUGUUCGGCUCGGGGACGGCGUGUGUGGUCAGUCGUGUGGGCAGAGUGCUGUAUCAGGGAGAGAAUCUGCAGAUCCCGUGUGGUGAUGAGAGCAAUUCACUCGUCUCUCGACUGCUGAAGGAGCUAACCGACAUCCAGUAUGGACGGACUGAGAGUGACUGGACCUUCCUCGUGUAGAUGAGCAUUGACUCAGACACACACACACACCAUGUGUGUGAAUGCACAAACGUAAACGCGUGUGAAUACACACACGCAUCUUGGUUCUAGGGAGAAUCUCAGUAGUUUUUUACUAUUCCGCAAUAAUUGUACUGUAUGUGUUUCCCGUUCUUACUGUAAUGUAAAGUAUUUGCAGUACUGUGGACCUACACGGAUGAUGUCACACCAUCCAGCACAUCCAUUAACAUGCAUUAAACACACAACGUUCAACCAGCAUACAGUUUUACACACACACACACACACACACAUACACACACACACACAUACACACACACACACCAGCUUGUCAGUGAUUAUCUUAAAUUGGAUAUGGUAAUUCAGUAUAGUGCAACAGAUUUAAGACUUAAGGCCGAUUCACACUGGAUGCGUCACGUGAAGCGUCAUGUCAAGACCUCGUUCAGUUCCAUUUUAAAAAGCAUUUCAGUUCCCACCAGCCAGAGGCGCGUCAAACUCCGGCUUGCGUGCUGUACUGCCCUUGUUUUAUGCGAUACGUCUCAAUUUCUUCACUUGCUCACGUGAGUGAAGCAUGAAUUCCAUAGAAACCCAUUAAAAUCACCAGCCAGGUUUUAAACCAAUAAAACGGUUAACCUUAAGCAUUUGUUAUGUCUGGGGAAUACCUUCAUGUUUGUCCAUCAUGUCGCUUAUUGUUAAUAGAAUACAUUGUGUGGUGGAAGAAUUGUUUAUUGACAAUAUUAUUAAUAAUGCACAGUCGACAUUUUGUUUAAGCAAUAAUCCAUUCGAGGGUGUGUGUGUUACAGCGAUUUUAUUACGGCUUACUGGCAUAUUGAAUUAUUUUACACCAAAAUGGGGAAACAAAAUAAACACUAAUACAUCGGUUGUUUACUGUCCCACUGUCUCAGGUCAUAUUUUUUUAUGUGAACGGUUUUAUAAUUCCAGGUUGUAGAUCGCUACAGGCAAAAUACGCUUAUUAAUGAAAGCUCAAGAACAAACGAGACUUCGCAAUGUGAGUGUUUCUUUCGUUUUUUUGGCACUUUACGUUCAAGUCUGUUAGAAAACGAAAGAGUUCUCUCGGCUUGGCUGAGAGGGGGGCGUGGCUGAGAGGAGGCAUGACUGAGGGGGCGUGGUUGAGAGGGUGUGGCUAAGAGAGGGGUGUGAUUGUCAGCAGGGGAUUCCAGUAGCUUUCAAACCAAGAUUAUUCUGUUAAUUAGUAAAUUAGUAUUUGGUAAUUAAACAGUUUCAAAAUGGCCGAAAAUGUAAAUUCUCAGAGUCAUAACUGCUAAUCAGAUGCUGGAGUUGUCAAAAUUUGUACAGAAACAGAGCUGAGACAUGUCUGGUUUGGAUUGACUGAGGUCUUGACGUGUCAGUUACAUGAAGCAACCGGUGUAAAUCUGUGUUUACAAUGAAGUGCAAAAGUUUGCACGCCCUUAGGGCAAAAGAACUAAUAUUCCUUCAUUGUCACAAGCAAUCAGAAAGUUUAAAUGAUAUUAAUAAUGAAGAAAUGAAAAAUAUUAAUAGAGAUGCCUUCCAGUACCGAAUAAGUGUUGAGUGCAAAAGUUUGCACACCCUUAUGACAAAUGAACAGAUGUUACUUCAUAAGCACAUGUAAGAAAAUGGUCAAAUGAUUUGGUAUGAUAGUAAUAGAAAAAAAUGAAUUCAAUGUGAUACAAAUGUACUAGUAGGCACAAGUAACAAAAUGGUCAGAUGUUGUGUUAUAUUAGUGGUGGAAAAAAAUUGUUUGCACCUGUCAUUUUAAAUGUUACAGACGUAUACCAGAUUUGUGAUGAUUAUGUGCAAUAAAAGAAAAUAACAUCCUGUGGUUUGCGCACCCUUAGGACAAAGGAAAAAGAUGUUCCUUCAUUUUCACAAGCAACAAAAAUAGGCCAAAGAUAAUAGUGAAGAAAUAAAAAAGAAAGUACCAUCAAGUACUAAAAUACAGCAAAGUAAAGUUUUCCUCUUUUGUAUCUUCUCAGUUAAAAGAUUCGGUCUGACUGGAGCACUGAGAGUGUCGUGACUGAACUUGGAUUGUUGCACGAUGCACAUAUCUUCCAUAUGGAUCAAUUAGCAGUUCAGUGUUUAUGUAGAUAAAGUUGUAUAGUAGAAAAGUUGUGAAGUUGUGAAAAAUUUUCACAUUUCCAUUCUGAAACCAAGGGGGACAACUCAAUGCCAACUCAUUCAAAUCCUUGUUGAAUAUUAUGCAGUAAUUAUUGUACUUUUUAAGUGUGAUUUCUUUUUAUUAUAGCAAUAAUGAUUUUAUGUGGUGGAAAGUACAUUUCUGUGUUUGUGAGGAAACACUGUGUGCACUACGGAGGCUGGAGGAAAUAAUAAAGCACAUCUACACACCA